ACAAGCGGCAUUUUCAAUUGAUCUACAAGCUUUCGCUGCUACGCUUCGACGGGUCCUACUUUGUAAAUCGAUUUUAUGCUUUGUAGUUAACUAAUAUAUAUGAUGUCAAUCGCAUGUGAAAAUGGUCUGUCCUUUAAUUAUUACAACCUGCCAUACUUAAAAUAUUGAACAAAAAAUCGGAAGAAAAUGAACGUUAUCAUGCAAACUAAAUAAGCAGGAAAAAGGGUUCUUGAUGCUAGCAGGGACGUAAAUAUGUUCCAGGAUGCGUACCUGAGGUGGACUUAUCUCAAGAUGAAGACCACCAGCAUGUAAUAUUUACAUUCCAAAGAUGCAUGUGAAGUGUGUCGUGAGUUACUUUUCGCACCCUUACUUAUAGUUCCUCAGUUAGAACAGUGGGACGCCAGUGCGAUAGUGCUUCUGAGAAAAAAACUUUUAAGAAAAACAAGCAGGAUUUCUUGCUGCAAGUGUUUUUCUAGGAUUUCAAUCAAUGUCCUAGAUUAUCUAGAAGUAAUUUGUGAAUAGUGUGGAUAUGAGUUAUCGCUAUCUGCCCUCGUUGAUUCGAAAUGCACCUCGUCUGAAAAGUCGAGGGAUCGACAUUUUACGGGAUCCUCGGACAAAUAAAGUUUGCUGUCUUUUAUAUGAAAGCUAACGUUUUUAGGGCUCCUGGUAUGGCUUACACGAACGUCAACUCCUGGGCAUACAUGGAUUGUUGCCGCCGAGUUUUCAGAACCAAGACUUGGAAGAGCAACGAAUUAUUGCUAACCUUUAUCAAUUGGAUGAUAACCUUAGCCGUUACAUGAUGCUCAUGUCUCUUCAGGAUCUCAAUGAAAAAUUGUUUUACAAAGUAACAAUAACGUAACGCAACUAAUUUCCAGACUAUUCGGAAGCACUUGGAAUAUUGCUUGCCACUCAUUUAUACUCCAACCGUAGGCUCAGCGUGCUUAAAUUUUGGCUUUGUCUUUCGAAGACCACGUAAGUUGCUGUUUUUAUAAUGUUUUUAGCGGUCUUUAUAUAACUAUUCGGGACCGCGGGCAUAUAUUUGCUUUAUUAAAAAAUUGGCCUGUUGACACAAUCAAGGUAACUUCAGAAUACCAAAGGUUAUGCAUAUUCAUUAUAGGCAGUGGUCAUGACUGAUGGUGAACGCAUAUUGGGAUUCGGAGAUUUAGGUGCUAAUGGGAUGGCUAUUCCGUUAAGCAAAGCUAUUCUUUACGUGGCCUUGGGAGGUGUGCAACCCCUUCAUUGUUUGCCUAUAAUGUUGGAUGUUGGUACGAACAACAAAAGGCUUUUAGAGGUAUUUUGUGUUGUUGUUUUGCAUUUACUCAAACGAUUUACUGCUUUCUUUGUGGCUGACUUUAAUUCUUUGUUUAACUGACUUUUACGGUAUUCUUCACUGCUAACUAUUAGGUAAUGACUCAUGCAUAUCCCGAGGCUAUAGCUGACUUUGGCAUUCAGCUCCUAAUCAUUUAACUCGACCGCUAUUAUCACUUCGAGUUACGGUCAGUAAACUUGUACACACCUCUUCGCAAUUGUUCACUUCAUUAUUUAUUAUACGAUAGCCCAAAACCUUUGCUAGUUAGAUUAUGGUGUAAACCUCAGAUAAAAAGAUAAAUGAUUUACGUAAUGUCCCUGAAACGACUAAUGAACAAACUGUUAUUUCAUCAUUGGUUUAUCUUACAAAUAUAAUCCAAUUUACUGGUUUUAUUAUUAUUAUUAGUCCCUUGGGUUCCUAGUGGAACAUAGGGCUUCAGCAGCACGCAUCCAGUGAACUCUGUUCUCUGAAAUCUUUUCAACCUGUCUCCACGAUAGUCCAUAAGCUCUCAUUUCCUCCUCAUACGAUCUCCUCCAUAUCACCCUCAGCUGGGACGUCCAACUCGUCACUUGCCAUGGGGAUUCCACUCGAGGGCCUGACGCGUAAUAUUUCCAGUCGGCCUUCUCUGUGUAUGCCAAAUCCAUCUCCACUUCCUUCCACCGCAUAUUUGUUGAGUGAUAGGUUCUUGGUUGGUUCGUUCCCAGAGUUCCUUGUUGCUUAUUCUCAUUAUUCUGGCCAUCUGAUCUUCAGUAGCAAGCCAGCGCAAGCAGUUGUUGAUGAAUGUAUGUAGUUUAUUGGAAAUCCCUUUCGUGACGCGCCAAGUCUCUGAGCCAUACAGAAGCACUGACUUGACGUUGGUGUUGAAAAUCCGUAUCUUGUUCCACAUGCUGAGUGCAGAAGAUCUCCACACUGGUUUCAGGCUAAUGAAUGCCUGUCUUGCUUUUCCGAUUCUGACUUUGACAUCCUCGUCUGUCCCGCCUGUAGUUGAAACAGUGCUACAUAGAUAGGUGAAAGAGACUACUUCCUUUAAGUUUCUCCCGUUCAUGGUGACUGGAGUUUGUUGUUGUUGUUGGUGCGGUAUCUUCAUCACUUCUGUCUUCUCUAUAUUCACCUGAAAGGAAGUCCCAUCUUCUCUGCCUCCUCUGCCAACUUGUUAGUUUUCGCCUGUAGAUCUUCAAGUUUGUGUGACAUCAGACACAAGUCAUCGGCGAAAUCCAAGUCUUCCAGGUUCUUUUCCGCAGUCCAGCGUGUCCACCCCUUCUCGCUCCCCACUGUUUGCUGCAUGAUCCAGUCGACCACAAUAAGGAAUAUCAUGGGGGAUAGUAGGCAACCUUGUUUCGCUCCUGUCUUCACUUCAAAAUCAUCACUGAGCUUCCCAUUGUGAAUUACUUGUCAUGUGGCAUCUUCAUAUAGUUGUUGAAUGAGGCGGAUAAAGGUUUGCGGUACUCCGUAGUAUUGAAGCAGUUUCCAAAUUACUUCUCGGUCGACGCUGUCAAAGGCCUUCUCAAAGUCGAUGAAGUUGAGGUAGAGAGCUGAUUGCCAUUCUAUGCUCUGUUCUAUGAUGAUGCGAAGCGUUGCAAUUUGGUCCGCACAUGAUUUGUACUUCCUGAAUCCAGCCAGCCUGUUCCGGUCGUAGUUUUGAAUCCAGUGCAUCCUAUAGUCUGUCCAGGAUGAUGCGGCAUAAUAUUUUACUUAGGGUGGACAGGAGAGUGAUUCCUCGCCAGUUCUUGCAAACACUGAGGUCUCCUUCUAAGUCGUAGUUUUAACUUGUAAAAAUUGGCUAGCCUAGAUUUUGAAUGGUUCCUAAUAGGACAUAAUAUUGAUGCUAAGCACUUUCAUAAUUCAUAUGUUGUGAUAGUGAGGAAGUCAGCUACCGGUGUAAUGGGAUAACCUCGUUUAUGGAACCUAAUAGUACCAUGAAUUCUGCUAGCUUUCGGCAUUAAACUAAACCAUUUGCACUCACCUACAGAUGGCUUCAGUCAGCGUAUCAGAUGGACCAUGGAUUUCCUAAUUUCGUUCAUGACAGUGUCUGUAGGUGUCUCAAUUUCUUUUCGCACAUAUGUUCGUCAAUUUUGUUGAGAUAAUUCUAUUUGUCCAUAGCUACUGUUGAAUUAUUUUUAUUAGAUUUGCCGAUUUCUUUUGGUCAUUUCGUAGAUUAUGUAGAGCUGAAUUCUCUAGUUUCGUUUGUUUUUUUAGUGCUAAUGCACACUGUGCUCUGGCUUAUUAAGCGGCUGCAGCAUCUAUAAAGCUUAGUGCCAUUUUUAUGUUAGGUAUGACAUCUUCGGGUUUAGAUAACUUACUGUCAAGUUGAAGUUUAGUCUUUUUUCUGAUGCUUUCGUUUCAGCUGGGCUUAAGCCUGUUCUAGUGAUAUUUGAUGAUGUUUCUUUUGUAUUGUGAUUAUUUUCCAAGGAUACUUUUCCCUAUUUGAUUUCUCGAACUUUUUGAUGUGACUGUUUUUGGAUCUCUUGAAAGUAGCUGAUCUUGCUUUAUCUGUUGUUUCAAAUAGAAAUUCAGUCUCUGCUGUUUACUGUCUUCAUGAGUUUAGAUUUUAGUUGUUCACUCUGAUUCCAGAUGUUGCUCAACUUCCUAAUAAUUCUGUGGAUUUCUUCUUUAAGAAAGAGUCUACUAACACGUUUAUUGCUCCUUUGAUUUUCUUAGUAGCUAUUGGAAUACAUAAGCGAAGAUAUUUAGGAAUAGUUUCGUUUUCCACACAAUGAACACUGAAAAUAAGAUUGAUCAAAAUAACCUUAUCUAUUAAAUUCCAUGCAAUGACUGUGAGGUUAAGUUAAUAUGUCAAACUAACUUAUCGGGGUCAGUUAGAUUAUCAGUACACAGCAGCUUAACCAUAUAUAAAAUAACUGACACCAACAGGAUUGAUAAUCUAGAAAAAAGAACUCGGCUAUUGCAAUGCAUACAUGAACACACAACAAGGUGCAAUAAAACCACCGAACUUAAUUAAGUCCAAUAAAAUUUAAGUGGAGAAGGAGAGAUUGAUUACUGAAUCUUUGUUCAUCUAAUCAACUCCCAAUAUAUGUAAUAGGAAUGAUGGGACAACUCUACCAGAGAUGUGGAAAAUUUUACUUCCACUAAAAACAAAGAGUAUGAAGUGAUAGGACUAUGAAAGUUAGACGUCGAAAGUGGUGUGAUUACAUUGAUAUGAUUAUAAGUAAUAACUUAUGCUCAAAAUUUCAUCAAUUAAAUAAUACUGUAUCACUGCGUGCUAUAUCAAAUAAACGUCUAAUAUGGAAUUACUUCCUACCACAGUGCCCAAGUUUUACACGUAUCUGUGAAUUGACUAAUAUUGAUUUGGCAGUUUUCUGAUUUAACUAACUGUUAGUCGACUCCUACCAUAUAGAAGAACAUCAGCUGAAUAGCAUUCGCCGCUGUUUAGUUACGGGUAUUUGACCAUGAAAACGGAUGGUAACUCAACCUUAUAACUGUCUUUCAGUUAGGAUGAAUGGUGAAGUUAGUCAGUUUACUGAAUCUUAUUAUUUAUGCAUCGUUCCAGGCUCUGCUGUGGCCGUCGUCUCUGGUCUUAUGACUUCCACAAGACUGACAGGAAAGCGAUUAUCACAAAACAGCUAUCUCUUCUAUGGCGGUGAUGGAGUAAGCCUUUCAUUACUUUUUAAUUCCUAUUUCCGUGGCAACAUCCGAAAACUUUUUGAUUGUGAAUCAAUUUUGACUUCAGUGCCCCUGAAACUAUG